AUGGGCCUUAAUUGCAUGCCAAGACAGCACUCUACGCGUGCAAGCACGAGUAGCGUUUCGUCCUCAGCUUCAUAUGCCUCUAUGCCCGUAACAGCCACAUCAGCAGCGCAAGAUCUUCUUGGACUAAACCGACUUCCAAACCUCGCAGCAGCCCAGUAUGCCGAGGGUUCCUACUCGUCUUCAUCUCCCGUUCACGCACAUUACCCUCCUUCUACGUCACCGUAUGACAGCUUAGCCUACGCCCAAAACUCGAUUCGACCCACCUUCACGCUCCCACCGGGAACCGAUGCGACCAGGAGAUUCUCUCAGUCGUAA